AUGGAGUUCAAUUCGCCACAACCAGAAUAUGCGCAAUUGAACACAACUGUGCACCCAAAGAGUGCUUCAAGGCUUCUGGCUGUGUUGCACCAACAAGUGGUUGAUGCAACCUGGCCGGGCAAUGAAGCAGGUUCUACGAUGGGUUCAUCGCGGGGCAUACGCGAGGGUCACUACAGAUCAUUAGAUGCUGGUAUCGAGGGAGUUUUGGAAGAGCAUUUGAUACCUUCGCCUCCUUUAUCCCCAAAGUUGGGUCCUACUAACCCCUCGAGUGUACCUGCCAUCGUAGAAUUAGCAAAGCAGGAUGAUUUAUGGGUUCAUCCGGCCUGGACCGAGGGCCUAUCCCCUGACAGGUACAGAUGUGCUACAAACGGAUUUUUAGCACAAUAUCGAUGCUUUGAGCUCCUAAGGCCCAAGAAAUACAGGCAUGUUAGCAAAUCUCAAAGAAGAACAAGACAAAAUGGUAGGCUGGCCGCAAUUAAUUCUGGUGGUACAUCCGGUACAUCCGAUUUUGAGAAAAUCUACAGGACAAGAAGAGUCACCAAGAUUGGCAAUGGAAAAGUGGAUGAAGAGGAGGAAUUUGUUUCUUCGAAGCCCGUGUCGAGGCCUUCGACGCCUGUUCAUCGCCGUCCACGGAAAGUCAACCCUGUGUCGUCCCCCUUGGCUUCCGCAGCUGCGGUUAAUGUAUCACAAUACAUUCCUAACAUGAGUUGGGAGAAACUACCAGAUUGUUGUCCAUCACUAUCCACAUUGCCCGACAACAACAAAGCUCUAAAAGUUGAGUGGAAAGGCUCUUCUAUGGAUCUUUCGAAUGAUCCUUUGAAAGACAAGUUGCAUCCGGCAGAACUGGUUUUAGCUCAAAUUUUGAGACUGCCUUGCGAUCUAUACUUGGACUCUAAGAGAAGGUUGUUUUUGGAAAAGGUUCACAGAUUGAAGCAGGGUUUGCCAUUCAGAAGGACGGAUGCGCAAAAGGCAUGCAGGAUUGAUGUUAACAAGGCUUCAAGGCUUUUUGCGGCUUAUGAGAGAAUAGGCUGGCUGGAUGAUGAGAAUUUCCAGAAGUUUCUAUGA